AUGUGUACAAGUUUAACAUCACGUGAUUUUUAUAUUGUUCAUCAUGAAAUGGGUCAUAUUCAACAUUAUUUACAAUAUAAAUCUUUACCAUUUUGGUUUCGUCGUUCACCACAUGGUGCAUUUAGUGAAGCUAUUGGUGAUGCAAUUGCAUUAGCUACAAUGUCACCAACACAUUUAAAACGAAUUGGUUUAUUGGAAAAUUAUACAUUAACCAGAGAGGAUAAUAUAAACUUUCUAAUAUCACAAGGUUUAAGUCGUUUGUUUUUACCACCUUAUGCAUAUGCACUUGAUCUUUGGCGUUGGUCAGUUUAUAAUGGAUCAAUACAACCAUUUGAAUACAAUAAACGUUAUUGGGAUCUCGUCUGUCAAUAUCAAGGUAUGAAACCAGCAAAACCUCGCAAUGAACGAUAUUUUGAUGUCGGUACUAAGCUUCAUGUUGCUUUUGAUUUAUCUUAUAUCAAAUAUUUUCUUGCUCAUGUUUUUCAAUUUCAAAUAUUUGAUGUUUUAUGUCAAGAAGCUGGUCAUCAAGGACCAUUACAUUUAUGUGAUUUGUAUAAUUCAGCAGCUGCUGGCAAGAAACUUAAAAUAUUACUUGAACUUGGUUCGUCAAAACCUUGGGAAGAUAUAUUAGAAGAAUUUGCUGGUGUAAGAACAUUUUCUGCUAAAUCAUGUUUACGAUAUUUUAAGCCACUUCAAGAUU